AUGGAAAACUUCACCAUCAACCUCUCCAACCUCCACGUCCCCUCCCUCGCGGAGUUCCCGCACUUGCCGCCCGCCUCCGACUCGGCGGCGCAGAAGCGCCUCUACUGGUUCUUCCGCGGCCUCGAGGAGAUGGCGAGCAAGCUGUACGAGCGCAUCGAGAUGUACCAGCAUCUCGAAGAGACGCUGGACGAGGAGGAGGAGGCGGAGCUCGAGGAGCUGAACAAGGGGGUUCUCGUGGUGUUGGCUGCGGUUAAUUGGGCGGGCAGACUGUAUGGUGGGGAGGGGUAUGAGGAGGCGGUUUGA